ACUCGCUGGUCAAAAAAGACAGUUUCCAAGAUCCAACACCAACAUUGUAGAAACAAAGAAAGUUACCAAUAUGACUUUCGUGGAGAAGAAGAGGGUUGUCGACUGGGAAUAAGAUGUGUAAUACGAAUAUAAACAUCUUUUAAUCUUCAAACGAACUUGUGGUGGUCAUAUCAUACGAACAUGGAGCCUUGCAAGACAAAUGUGUUACUAUUAUUAUUAUUAUUAUUCUACGGAGUGUUUUUGUCUUUUCAAGUUUCAGACGUUUCGUCUGCAACUGACACCAUUUCUACCGAUCAACCUCUUCCAGGAUUUCGGACGCUUAUUUCCAACAGUGAUAUUUUCGAAUUCGGUCUCUUCACCCCAACUCCAGGUAUUGAUUCUGGAAACUUCUACAUAGGCAUGUGGUACAGGCAAUUCUCUCCACGGACUAUUGUUUGGGUCGCUAAUCGAGAAUCUCCUAUCCCAGUUUCUUUUUCGAGCUUGUUUUUGAAGAUCUUAGAUGGAAACUUAAUUCUCCAUAACAAUCACACCAGUGAGACAAUUUGGUCGACCGGUGUUAAUUCUAGUAGGAGCAAGGAUGUUGAGGUUGCUCUGCUUGAUAGUGGUAAUCUAGUCUUGAGAGAUGGGGAUAAUUCUUCUGCAGAUGUGUUGUGGCAGAGUUUUGAUCAUCCCUCGGAUACUUGGCUUCCAGGCGCUAAACUCAAAUUGGGAAGCCAACUUCUCACUUCUUGGAAAGGCUUGACAGAUCCAUCACCGGGUCUAUACUCUCUCGAGUUUGACCAUCAUUCAAACUCCCUCACCACGAUUUGGAACGGAUCUAAUUCAUAUUGGUCGAGUGGACCAUGGGAUGAUCAACUUAAAAAUUUCAAUGGAUUUCCGGAAGUGGAACUGAAUAGUGUCGGGGGUUUCGUAUGGAAUCUGGAUGAGUCUUACAUCACUUAUUCAAUACCAUCUCUGAAUAGCACAUAUUAUCGUUUGGCCAUGGAUGUUUCAGGGCAGCUCAUGCUGAAUGUUUGGUAUAGAGACCGCCAAUUAUGGGAGUUGAUAUGGGCUCAACCUAGAGAUAGAUGUAAGAUUUAUAAUUAUUGUGGAUCGUUUGGGAUUUGCGACAAACAAGUGGAAGUGGUUAACCUUACGCCUUGUAGAUGUGUUCCUGGUUUCAAACAAGCAUUUGGAGAGAACUCGAAUGAUUACUCUAAUGGUUGUACAAGGGAAACCAAUCUUCAAUGUGACAAGGGAAACGACGUGUUUCUUCCUAUUAAAAACAAGAAAUUAGCCACUGAUCCAAUAACAUUGGUCUUGACAUCAACCAACGUUAUGACCUGUGCUUCAGCUUGCCAAGCUAAUUGUUCUUGCGAGGCCUAUGCGUAUGACAGCAACAAGUGUUUGAUGUGGACAAGAAACGCCUUCAAUCUGCAGCAACUCGCUGCAAAUGAGGGACAUACAUUCUUUCUUAAACUUGCCGCUUCGAACAUCUCAACAGCAACUCUAAACAAGGGAAAACCAAAACAUUCUAAAGGCAGAAGCAUUGUUCUACCUGUUCUACUACCAUCACUACUAGCAGCUUCUGUAUUUAUCUUUGGAUUGUAUUGUUGCAUUUCUUCAAGAACAAGAAGAAAAAGAAUAAUAGGCGACGAAAAACAGAGCAGGGAGCUAUUAGAAGGUGGGUUAAUUGAUGAUGAUGGACAAAAUAUGUGUUACUUAAAUCUAUAUGACGUAAUGGCUGCAACAAAUUCUUUCUCUGAGGAAAACAAGUUAGGAGAAGGCGGUUUUGGUCCAGUCUACAAGGGAAUGCUACCAAAUGGGAUGGAUGUGGCCAUCAAAAGGCUUUCAAAAAAAUCAAGUCAAGGUCUGACAGAGUUCAAGAAUGAAGUUGUUUUGAUAAUAAAACUUCAACACAAGAACUUGGUGAGGCUUUUAGGAUAUUGUGUUGACGGCGACGAGAAACUCCUAAUUUACGAGUACAUGUCCAAUAAGAGCCUUGAUGUUUUACUCUUUGAUUCUUUAAAGUCUAGGGAAUUGGAUUGGGAAACGCGUAUGAAAAUAGUAAAUGGGACGACAAGAGGACUUCAAUAUUUGCAUGAGGACUCACGUCUCAGGAUCAUUCAUCGAGAUCUUAAGGCAAGCAAUAUUCUUCUCGAUGAUGAGAUGAAUCCUAAGAUCUCGGAUUUUGGAACGGCCAGGAUUUUUGGUUGCAAGCAAAUCGACGAUAGCACCCAAAGAAUCGUCGGGACAUUCGGCUAUAUGUCACCAGAGUAUGCAUUAGGUGGGGUGAUUUCAGAGAAGUCGGAUAUAUAUAGCUUUGGAGUGUUGUUAUUGGAGAUCAUAUCAGGAAAAAAGGCUACAAGAUUUGUUCAUAACGACCAAAAGCACAGCCUUAUUACUUAUGCAUGGGAAUCUUGGUGUGAAACAAAAGGUGUAAGCAUUGUAGAUGAAGCAUUGUGUGGUUCGUACGCUUCAAAAGAAGUGAUGCUGAGCGUUCACAUCGCACUUCUUUGUGUUCAAGAUCAUCCUAACGAUAGACCCACGAUUUCGCAAAUCGUUUAUAUGUUGAGCAACGAUAACAAUCUCCCGAUACCAAAACAGCCAACUUUCUCAAACGUCUUGAACAGUAACCAACAGUUAGCGUCAGCUGACUACGUGUUCUCCAUAAACGAAGCAACACAAACAGAACUGGAAGCACGAUGAACGAUAACAAUACUUGGUUGGUAAAAAUGUUCCCAUCCCCUGUAUAAUUCGAUUAGUGUACGUAAUUAAAUAGCUUACGUUAUUAUAUUUUAGUGUUUUGUAAGAUUUCAGAUUGGUUAUUACAGAACAUUCAAAUAAAAAUAGUUGUUGGAUC